GAGCCCCUCGAGGCCCCGCCUCCUGUUUUGACGGAGCGCUGAGCACCUGGCAGGCGGAUCCCGCCCAGCAUCCCGCUAAGACAGCGCCCUAAGCUCCGCGGUCCCCUCAGGCUCCCUGGACUGGCUUAUGCGAUCGUCAUGACCGCGGCCGUGUUCUUCGGUUGCGCCUUCAUCGCCUUCGGGCCCGCGCUCGCUCUCUACGUCUUCACCAUCGCCACCGACCCUUUGCGCGUCAUCUUCCUCAUCGCCGGUGCUUUCUUCUGGUUGGUAUCUCUUCUGCUUUCGUCUGUUUUUUGGUACCUAGUGAGAGUCAUUACUGACAACAGAGAUGGACCCAUUCAGAAGUACCUGCUCAUCUUCGGAGUGUUGCUCUCUGUCUGUAUCCAAGAACUGUUCAGGCUUGCAUAUUAUAGACUGUUAAAAAGAGCCAGUGAGGGUUUGAAAAGCAUAAACCCUGAGGAGGAGACAGCACCUUCAAUGCGACUGCUGGCCUAUGUUUCUGGCUUGGGCUUUGGAAUCAUGAGUGGAGUGUUUUCCUUUGUGAACACCCUGUCUAACUCCUUGGGGCCAGGCACAGUGGGCAUUCAUGGUGAUUCUCCUCAGUUCUUCCUUAAUUCAGCUUUCAUGACGCUCGUUAUCAUAUUGCUGCAUGUGUUCUGGGGCAUUGUGUUUUUUGAUGGCUGUGAGAAGAAAAAGUGGUACAUACUCCUUACAGUUCUCCUGACUCACCUGCUGGUGUCCACCCAGACCUUCCUAAGUCCUCAUUAUGGAGUCAAUCUGGCAUCAGCAUACAUAAUCAUGGUGCUCAUGGGCAUCUGGGCAUUUUUUGUUGCUGGAGGUAGCUGCCGAAGCCUGAAACUCUGCCUGCUCUGCCAAGACAAAGACUUUCUUCUUUACAACCAGCGCUCCAGAUAACCUCUGGCAGCCAGCAUGCCAAACAGCAGCCUGUGUCUUUAGAGGAAGCACAACUGUGUCCUUUUCUAAAAAGACCCUUUGCUCCUGGAACUUAGAAGCAGCAGAACUGUCCGCGUGCUUUCAUGCAGCGGCCUCUGGAAGAGCUGCUGUGUGGCCUGCAGCCUGCUGCACAUUCGAGGCAUCCUGGAAACAAAGACUGAUGCUUCUGGACUUCCCCUCCAGAUUUGAUUGUCCUGAGUGUGCAGCGCAGCUGAGAAUCACAGAUCCAAUGGGAAGUUCUGAGAAUCCCCAAAGAGAUUGAGGUUUGGUACUUAACUGUCUCCUAAGCUAACUUCUGCUGAGCAAGUAAAUUUCUGAAUGUGGUAACCUGGGUAGCCCUUGUGUUUUAUGUACUGGUGUCACACAAGGCUGAAGGGCUGUUCUCUCUGUGCACGGCUUUCAUGUCCUUCACUAGAACCGUAGGCUGUGCCCUUAAAUGCAGUAACCUACACUGACACUGUUACUUAGCCAAGGCCAAGUCUGUAUAUUAACUAUUCAGGUUUUUUUCAUUUUAUAUUUUUGUAGGAUAAAAUCAUUCUUUUUAGUAUAAUUCCAUGUUCUUUAAGAGUGAUGACAUGCUGGCUUCCUUGGGGGAGUCUAAAAUUGUUCCGAGUCCGUGAGCCUUCUCAGUUAAAAGCUGCUGCGUGUGCUGUCUGGAGCUGGGCAGGUCGAGGUAAAGCUCACCGUUUUUAUCUCUGAGAAGCCGGACAGGGAGAUAAUGGCGUAUCAUCGGCAGAGUGUCGCUGAACCUCGUGCAAGCAGCUAAAAGCACAAAGUGUGUGAUGUUGACACCUUUCCUUUGCUCCUGUGACACUAAACAGCCCGUCACCCAAGUGCUACAGGGGGAAAUUGAGCUGCCGGAUUUCAAGCUGGCAUGUAACUUUUAAUCUUCAGCAGGUUUGUCUCGGUUUUGGUUACAGUGAAACCGUUCCCUUUACAAGAAUACCCAGGGGCUUUGUUGGUCUUUUACAUAAGUUAGCUCACUUUCUUCUUACAAUGAAAUGCUAUGGAAUUGUGAGGGUACUAACUGGAAACUGUUCCCAAUCAAAGUUUGUUGGGACUUAGAAACUACGUCUCCUUGAAAGUGGUGAACCCAGCUCAUCCGUGCAUCUUCUGAUAUAAACAGGGGCAGCAGUGAGAGGGCUUGGCAGUGACAUGGAAGAUGAGCCUGACAGCACUGUUCUGGCACCAAGAACCUGUGUGGUUUUUACCCCUGAACUAAACCUUAACUGAUUAAACAUGUGAGUGUCUCAGGGCAGAGAUGCGAGAGCAGUGAAGCUCCUAAGAAGACUACAAAUCACUGAGAAACCUCUGUGCUUAUCCCCUUAAAGGUUACUUCAGCGCUGUCACACCAGUGCUUCUGCUGGAGCUGGUGGGUUUGCAGCUUUAUAUAAGGUUUUCCCUGGACUAGAAAGGACAAACAUAACUCUAGAUACUAGAUUAUAUCACAAAAACCUAAAUAUGAAUAGUCAAGACAGUAUUUCUCCACUAGAAGUCAGUAGCCAUAUUGUAAUAGGCCAUGAGAAAUACAAUUUAGUUGAAUCAUCAGACAUUGACUUCAAAAUAGCAAUUAUGAAUAUAUUCAAGGACCUUAAAGGGGAUAUGAAUACCGUAAUGAAGACCAUGAAAGCACAAGUGAACAGUUGAGUGAAAUGAUAAAACACUUUAAGACAUGAAAAUAGAAAUAGAAUCACCAAAGAAAAUGCAAUUUGAAAUAAAACUGAAAAUGAAAAGUUCUGGAUGUCAAACAAAAAUGUCAGAGGUAAAUCUCACCAAUAGAUUAAAAGAUGUGGAAGAGAGAAUAUCAGGUCUUGCAAACAAGUAGAAGAAAUAAAUAGCUCAGUCAAAGAAAAUGUGACCUAAAACCCAGGCACAAAAUAUCCAGAAAAUCUGGAACUCUAUGAAAUGACAAAGUCUAUGAAUAAUAGGUUUAGAGGAAGGAGAAGAAACCCAGGUCAAAGGCAUAGAAAAUAUUUGCUAACAAAACAUGGAAGAAAAUUUUCCCAGUCUAAUGAAGGAGGUGCUGAUCAGGAUACAAGAAAAAUACAAAACACCAAAUAGACAGGACCAGAAAAUAAAUUACCCACAACAUAUAAUAAUCAACAUACUAAAUUUACACAAGAAAGAAAGGGUAUUAAAAGAUGUAGAAGAAAAAUCUCCAAGUAACAUAUAAAGAUAGGACCAUUAGAAUAAUAGCUGACUUUUCAAUGGAGACUCUGAAACCUAGAAAGACUUCUACAAACUCUGAGAGAUCAUGGAUGCCAUUCCAGAGUAUUAUACCCCCCCAAAAAACUAUCAAUUACAAAAAAAUGAAGAUAGAAAACAUCCCAAGAGAAAGCCAAAUUGAAAUAAUCUACCAAUCCAGCUCUACAGAAGUCACUAGAUGAAAAACUUCAGUCUGAAGAGGUUAACUAUAUACACCAAGAAGACAAAAGGAAUAAAUAAUCCCAAAACAGUAAGUAAAAAAUGGGGAGGGGGCACACUAUAACAACAAAAUAAUAGGAAUCAAUAAACACUACUCAUGAAUAACUCUCUAUAUUAAUUAUCUCAAUUCCUCGAUACAGAGACAAAGAUUAGGAGACUGAAUUAGAAAACAGAAUCUAUCCUUCUGUUGUAUGCAGGAAACACAUCUCACUAUCAAUGAUAGACAUACCUUAGAGUAAAAGGAUGGAAAGGUAUUCCAAGCAAAUGAACCCCAAAAAACCAAGUAGGUGUAACCAUUUUAAUAUCUGACAAAAUAGACCAAACCAAAACUAAUCAGAAGAGAUAGGGAAGGAUACUACAUAAUCAUCAAAGAAAAAUCCAACAGGAGGAUAUUGCAAUUCUAAACAUUUAUGUGUGAAACACAAGGAGACCCAAGUUCAUGAAAGAAACAUUAUUACAGCUAAAAUCACAUGUUGACCCUCACAAGUGAUAGUAGGUGACUUCAGUACCCUCCCCCCACUACUAAACAAGUCAUCCAGACAAAAACUAAAUAGAAAUGUUGGAGCUAAAUAAUACCAUAAAUCAGAAGGACCUCACAGAUGUCUACAGAACAUUCCGCUCAAACACUAAAGAAUAUACUUCUCAGCAGCUCAUGGAACUUCCUUCAAAACUGAUCACGUACUGGGACACAAUGCAAGUCUCAACAGGUAAAUGAAAAUCAAAUAAUGCUUUGCAUUCUUUCUGAACAUCAUGGAUUAAAGCUGAAUAUCACACAACAACAAAAACAGCAGAAAAAAUUACACGGAUGUGUGGAAACUGAAUAACUCAC